AUGACAGAAGAGUAUUCUCCAAUCAGAACAGGUGGCUCACUUCUUCUCUCCUGGCGUCUGAAAAAUAAGAGCGUUCUCAUUGUUGGUGGUGGUGACGUUGCAUCAAGUAGAGUCAUAAAAGCAUUAGAAGCCGAUUCCUUGGUAAUUCUUGUAUGUCCCGAAAAUGGCCUUAAGGACGAAUUGAAGUAUCGUAUCCAGCAAAAACAAAUUCACAAAUGGAUUGAUCGAGAAUUUGAAACUUCUGACCUUGAUGGGGUAGACAUGGUCCUUACCGCGAUUGAUGAUCCGGAAAGAUCACGUGAAAUAUGCGAAUUGUGUAGAGAAAGACGAAUCCCUGUCAACGUAGCGGAUGUUCCACAGAUGUGUGAUUUCUAUUUCAUGUCAGAACACCGUGAGGGCCCUCUUCAGGUUGCCGUAUCUACAAAUGGGCAAGGUCCAAAGUUGGCAAACAUCAUCCGUCGUCAUAUCGCAAAUAAUUUGCCUCAUGGAGUUGAUGUUGCGAUCAAUGCAGUUGGAUUAUUGAGGCAGAAAGUAAAACAAAUUGAUCCAGAUCAUACUUCUUCGACGAAAAGGAUGACUUGGAUGUCAAAUAUUUGUGAGGAAUGGUCGCUGGAAGAAUUGCAACAGUUGGAUGAAGAAAAGAUUGAAGCUUUGAUGUCAUUUUAUGUGAAUAAUGAAGUUCCCGAAUUUUCAAAGUUCGCAUCGGGUGUUUCUCUAAGAAAGAAUGAUACUGAAAAUAAUAAUACAAAUUCGGAACUGUACAAUGACAGCAUGCCAAUAAUAAAUAUCGAAGAACAAAAAAAAAAGGGCCGUAUUAUAUUGGUUGGAGCAGGACCUGGUGAUCCCGAACUACUAACCUACAAGGCUACCAAGGCUCUAAAUAGUGCAGACGUAAUUGUAUCUGAUAGACUUAUCCCUCAAGCCGUGUUUGAAAAUAUAACGUGUGAGAUUCGUUUUGCUCCAGCUAAAUCGGGAAUAACAAAGUCUCCUGAUUCACAAGAUUUACUUCAGAAUUGGUGUCUUGAGGCAUUGAAUGAAGGAAAAACUGUAGUUCGACUAAAGAUAGGUGAUCCAUUCUUGUUUGGGCGUGGUGGAGAAGAGGUGGCAUUCUUCAGAGAAAAAGGUUGGGAUGUUGAAGUAAUUCCAGGUAUUAGUUGUAUAUUGUCUGCUCCAAUGGCAGCGGAUGUCCCUGUCACAUACAGAGGUCUAUCAGAUCAAGUUCUUGUUACCACUGGACAAGGUACUAAAGGUCGAUUACCCGAUUUGCCACCAUAUAAUAUUAUGCGCACGACAGUUGUACUCAUGGCAGUAGGUAAGGCAAGUGAUUUGUCUAGAGAACUACUGGACAAAGGAUAUCCCCCAGAUUUAUCUGCGGUAUUCAUAGAAAAUAGCAAUCGUCCUAAUCAACGAAUUAUUAAAGCAACGGUUUCAACAUUAGGUGAAGUGGUUGAGAAAGAACACGUGGUUGCUCCAUCAACGCUUAUAAUUGGUAGAGUGGUAAAUAGAAAAGAAGAAUAUUCUGAUUCUGAAGUUUAG